CCAUCACUCACUGAGUCCUUUCAAAACCAAAAUGGCGCUCAAUCUAGUUGUCAAGGUUCAUCCUGUUGUUUUAUUUCAAAUUGUGGAUGCUUACGAGCGUCGAAAUGCAGAUUCCCAUCGAGUUAUCGGUACCUUAUUGGGGACGUCAGACAAGGGGGUGGUGGAAGUGACCAACUGCUUCUGCGUGCCUCACAAGGAACAUGCCGACCAAGUUGAAGCCGAGCUCAACUAUGCCAUGGAUGUAUAUGAGCUCAACCGAAGGGUAAAUGCUUCAGAAAGUAUUGUUGGCUGGUGGGCGACGGGCAACGAGGUGACGAACCACUCGUCGGUGAUCCACGAGUACUACUCGCGCGAGUGCCGCGAGCCCGUGCACGUGACGCUGGACACCAGCCUGAGCGGCGCGCGCAUGGGGCUGCGGGCCUACGUGUGCGUGGCGCUGGGCGUGCCGCGCGGCAAGCAGGGCUGCAUGUUCACGCCCAUCGACGUCUCGCUCACCAGCUACGAGCCCGAGAUCGUGGGGCUGAACCUGUGCCAGAAGACGAUGGGCGGCGGCGGGCGCUCGCGGCAGGUGCAGCCCGCCAUGGACCUGGCGCAGGUGGCCGACGCCGCCGCCAAGCUCUCCUCGCUGCUCGAGCAGGUGCUGCAAUACGUAGAAGACGUGCUAGCGGAGCGCGUGGUGGGCAACAACGCGGCCGGCCGCCAGCUGCUGGAGCUGGUCAGCUCGCUGCCCAACCUGGCCGCCGACACCUUCACCGACGCCUUCGCCUCCAGCGUCAAGGACCUGCUCAUGGUGGUGACACUAGCCCAGCUGAUCAAAACACAACUGCAACUGAACGAGAAAUUAACCCUGCUCACCUCGACGUAAUUGUGCUUGGCUGGUUUGGAUCAUUGUAUGUAUUGUAAUAUUAUUAUUACUGAAUAAAAUUGAGGAACUAUCAGAAACAGUGAGAAGUGAAAGUCACAUAGUGGUAUUAUUUGAUUAAAACCACAUAUUUUUAUUGAAUAAAGUGAUUCUACACAAUA